CCCCGCUACGCGGUCGUGGACUUUAAUGUCACGCCCCCCGUCAUGGGGAGCCAGCUCCAGAGUGUGGACCUGUAUCUGACCGGCCGCGGCAGUCUCGCACCCGGCAUAACGUCCAUCGAGAUACAGAUGCGUUCACCUACCGAGGGCACCACCCAGUGGUUGACCAUCUACACGGCGACACCAGCGGACGUGCUGACGUGCCCCGGGUGGAACUACUUUGAGGCACCACCUGAGACGGUGCAGACCCAGAUGGCGCUGGAUGCGUACAAGGCGGAUGAAGUGGUUGCCGUGAAGGUCAACGUCAACGGCACCGAUGUUGCAGACAAAACCGAGCUGCCGGUGGUGGCGUCUCUUGGGCUGCACCUCUAUGGUGACUCGGUGAUCUCCGGUUCCUCAGGACCCAGCCCACCACCGCUGCCCCCAAGGUCUCCCCGACCCCCAAGCCCACCGCCUCCGCUCGCUCUAGCUUCUUCAACCACUCGCAGGCUCACCUCAUCACUGACGCCGACAUCACCUUCAAAGCCCACACACUCAUGGCACCUCCAUCCUUCUUCUUCCCCAGCACCGGACGUCAUGGUUUGGGCAACCUCUGCAACCUGCUAUGAUAACAGCUCAACGUCGGGCGCCAUACUGAAGCGCAUGGUGGGGCCUCCUAGUGCCAAAGUCCUCGCCAUCAAGGGAUGCAAGGCAACGUCAACCUUGGGCUGGGUUCCAUCUAUGAAGAGUCCAAGCUAUGCUGUUGCCAACUUCAACGUUAGCCCCCUCGUCAUUGCCAACCGUGUGGAGAGUGUUGAUGUGUACCUUCUCAGCCGCGGCACUUCAAACCACGGCAUUACCUCCAUCGACAUCCAGUUGAUGGCAACUGCCGAGGGAGUGAGUCAUUGGACAACCAUUUACACAGCCAGUGCGGCAGAUCGCCUCGUAUGCCCGGGAAUGAAUCGCUUUCCUGUGAAGGGCAGCGCCGUGCAGUUGUCCAUUACACAGGAGGUCCUCGGCGCGGCUCAGGUGGCGGCUGUGAAAAUACACGUUAACGGCACUGCCGUUGCCUACAAGAGCCAGUUGCCAAUUGUAGCCGCAGUCGGGCUCAAUCUUGGCGGUGGCACGGCCUAAUUCAUUAAUAGUGUUAGCAGCAGUAGUAGUAGACAAAAUGUGGAGCCUCUCAUUUCCGUUUCAGUGCGCCGACGUCAGUCCUAUGUCAAGGUUGAAAUCGGAUGCCAUAUAUAUGCCAUAUGGGUUUCUGGAUGUUUACCCAGUUGAUGCGCAUUAAUGGUCAUUCAUUUGUCAUGAGUAAGGCGCGCCGAGCGACCCUCCCCUAAGAGCAUUUUUUUCGCGACUCAGGGGCGGCGUCACUCUAAGCCUAAAGCUGCCCAAGGACCCUAGUUGUCACUACUGCUGCCGUAUAGUGCCGUAAGGCGCCGACACACUAUACUUUGACCACACCGCCUCUGCUACUGUGUGUGUAUUGAAGGCUACUAACGGGGCUGUAUAUCGAGACUUGUAAGCGUGCGGAAGUAGUGUAACGGGGUAAUAUCCAAGCACGUAUGUCCACCUAAGUCUUAUCAGUAGUAAGAGACCGUAGGUUGUUGUUGCCGUACCAAGUACUUGUUUGCAGUGGCAGGCAAGGGUAAGGUACAGAAGAGGGAAGGGGCUGUUGCUGACCUUCCAAACGUGCGAGAGUAAAGGGCGCUAGGGGUGCGACCCUUGUUGACAGGAGA